UAUACAAUGACACUAGUUGUAUGAAGCUUCUUUUUGUCUCAUAAAAUUGUGGACUCCAAUCUUACACUGCUGGAUCCACGAAAUUUUGGUAAGACAAAAAGUUAUCUCAUACAACUAGUGUAAGUUGCAUGACACAAAAUAAAAUUUUCCUCUCGCACCUAUUAUCAACCUUAAAACUAGCCAGGAAUAGCAACAUUGUGUUGUAAUAAGCAAAUUCCCAUUCCUUUUUUCCUCAUUUUCUCCCUUUCAUAUGGUCUGCACAAAAUAAAUCCUUCAUUUUUUUUCUUCUCAAAACCCAUAGUAGUAGCAAGAAAGCCCUGGCCACCAUGUCUAACGAAUGCGGAAACAAAGAGCAUGAAUUUCAGGAGAUUUCUGCAGGCGAAGGCGCCGGCAGAAACAAGGGGUUCAUGCUCUUUGGUGUUAGAGUGAUGGAAGCUGGAAAUUCUUUUAGGAAAAGUGCUAGCAUGAACAAUCUUGCUCUAUUUGAACAGCAACAUCAAGAUUCCAACGUCGCCGCCGGCUAUGCUUCUGAUGACGUUGUUCAUCCUUCUGCUAGGAGCCGUGAACGUAAACGAGGAGUGGCAUGGACAGAGGAAGAGCACAAACUAUUUUUAUUAGGAUUGCAGAAAGUAGGGAAAGGUGAUUGGAGAGGAAUUUCAAGAAACUUUGUCAAGACAAGGACUCCUACUCAGGUGGCCAGUCAUGCUCAGAAGUACUUUCUCCGCCGAAAUAACAUCAAUAACCGCCGACGCCGCCGCUCUAGUCUUUUUGACAUCACCACUCAUACUCAUGUUCAAAGUGUUGUUAAAUUGGAAGAUAAGCAAAUGAAUCAAAACACCAUAGAAAAGUUUCCAAUGUCAGCACUCGAGCAGGCAAAGUUAUCUGGUACCUAUGAAAGCUCGACAAAUAACGUAAUGAUAGGACUGAACAAAUCCGUGAAGCCCAUUAGGUCUAUACCAUUUCUCCCUGUCCCUCCCUCAUCAAAAAUGUCAAAUCUCAAUUUAAACAAGACAUAUGCCCAAGAAUCGGACGAAAAAUCGCCUCCGGCGAGGCAUUCAUCGGGUUUCCAGGCAAUGUCAGGUGGGUUCAAUGGCAAGACUAGUGGGGAUAGCAUAAUUAGUGUGGCUUGAAUAAGGAUUGGAUUUGAUUCUUAUUCUUAAUUAAAAAUAUCUGCGAUGUAAAAUGGGGUUUAGCUAGAUAAGAUUAGACAUUAAUGGGGGUUAGACGAUGGAGAACAUAUUAAUUAGGUGAUUGAUAAUGAUUCCUUUGUUUUGUAUAGAUGGUGUCAUUUUCAACAGUUUUGAGGAUUUCUUGUUUUGUAUUAUGUCUGGUUAUUUUUGUGGUCGUAGGUGAUUACAGCACCAACCAAGUAGCUACUAUCCCUAUCAAUGUGACUCACGCUGUUAUUUGGUCUCCAGCAGUUGUUGUAAUAAAGAGAAAAGAAAUUGAAUAGACUUGUUUGUUUUCGAAAA